AAAAAAAGCAUGUACAUGACUGUAUCUAUACAUUUAUUGCUGUUUUUUCCAGAGGAAAAUACGGGAGGAACUCAACUUAAAAUUACAGUACGGUUUAGCAAUGAAGGCAGAGCGGUUGUAAAGUUUAUGAGGUAUCCGAGAGAAGUUGAGGCGGACGAGAAUCGUUAUAUAUUUGAUGACAUAGAAAGACAUAUAGCAGAGAUUGCCGCAUUUCAUCUGGACAAAAUUUUGGGGUUUUAUCGAGUACCCCCAACCAUCGGUAGAUGGUUCAAUAUCACGGCCGACUUAGAGCCAAUUCUACCGAAAUCAAUCGCGGAUACCCUGUUCAAAUCGCCAGCCGGAAAUUUGUGCUUCUUUGGUGAAUGUGAUUAUUACUGUGACAGUGCGCAUGCGUUUUGUGGACAUCCGGAUAUGAUUGAAGGUUCUGUACAGAGUUACCUCCCCUCCAGAAACAUUGCAAAAAGAAGAUCUUGGUAUCAACCAUGGAGACGGUCAUACAGUAAAUUUCAUAAAGCAUAUUGGGAGGAGAAUGACGAUCUUUGUGACAGUAUCCGACACGAAUCACCGUUCAAUAAUGGCAAACUUUUACUAGAUAUGGUCGACGCUCAUACCUUUGACUUUCUAACAGGAAAUAAAGAUCGCCAUAGUUUUGCAACUUUUAAAGAAUAUGGAAAUUAUACGUUCCCUAUAAUGUAUGAUAACGGCCGAGGAUUCGGCCGACAAACCUAUGACGCCAUGUCUAUCUUAGCACCUUUAAAACAAUGUUGUGUGAUUCGUAAAUCGACAUUGUUAAAAUACCUGAAACUUUAUAUAGGCCCGGAGAGACUCAGUGCUUUGAUGGAGAAAACUUUAGAAUCCGACCCCAUAGCACCAGUGUUGAUUAAACCCCAUCUUAAUGCACUUGAUAGACGGUUAAUAAAAAUUCUGCAAAUAGUGGCGGACUGUGUAGACAGAUUUCCGGUUAAAUCUGUAGUCAUUUUCGACAGAUUUUGAGAUAGUCAAUUUAAAUUUUCUUUUUUGGUGGUCGGUGAAUCUUUUAUAGUUUUUUUUCUUAGAAUGUUGAUAAGUGGUCAAUGAAUUCUGAACUGUAGAGGUGAACAUUUUAUGGAGAAAACGAUGGCAAACUUUAUUAAAAAUAAAACACAAAGGCUGUGAUUUGACAGUGAUUAAGGUGGCACUUCUUUUCACAAAAGUAAAGCAAAUCGUUCCGAAAUGUGUUAAAAUGACAAACUUAGAAUCACGAUUUUUGAUUACUAUAGACAGUAAAUCGUUUGAUAAUUGAACACAACCAAUACCGGCGCAGACGACAAGACGCCGGAACUUGAGGGAAAGGGGGGAGAAUAGUCUGCAAGGGACUAAAAAGUUUCCCAUAAAUUAAAAGAUACCACAAGUAUAAGACCGUGUGAUUAGACUGCUCAUCGUUACAGAAAAAGCAUUCCAUUGAUUGCUAUGAUCACGAAUUUAUCUACGAGAAAUGACGAGAAAUGACGAGACAUAAGUUAUUUCGGAUGAUACAGUAGUUGAAACACAAGAAGAAAGAAAGAGAAGGUAAAUCGUGUUGGUCAUACUAUAUGAAUAGAUGAUGAUGUUUGACACAGAGUUACAGAGCAAUAAGUGCAGAAGAAUUGGAUAGAAAACAUGUUUGGAUAUAUAUGUGCUGUGUGUUAGUUAUCCUAGUAAGUUACAGGUUGGAAAUGAGACAUUUUAGGUGUCAGGUUCACUCAGUUACCAUAUAUCAAGUCUUCCAUAUAUAUAUAUAUAUAUAUAUAUAUAUAUAUAUAUAUAUAUAUAUAUAUAUAUAUAUAUAUAUAUAUAUAUAUAUAUAUAUAUAUAUAUAUAUAUAUAUAUAUAUAUAUAUAUAUAUAUAUAUGACAGUAAACAUCAUUCUCCAUGGCAAUAUUAGUUAUAAAAACCUGUGACAGGUUAUAUAACCCAGUACCUGAUAUAACCCAAUCCUCUUUAUUAGAAAUUACUGUAUACAACGGUCAUAUAACCUGUAUAAAGUAAUAUUUAGAAUUUAUAAUUUGCAGUAUUACUUUCUUUGUUUAAAUAAGAUUGGCAGCAGCCGAGUAGAUAGGUAUUAUAGUAUUAUAAUACUGAAAGUUUGUUUCGUCGUUUUUCAUUGGAUAAUCGUAACGUUCAUAUAAUCCAUAUAUACGGUUGCAAUCGAUGUAUGAAAUAAUUUUAUCUUUUUUUCUCAUAUAGGAAUUUUACAGUAUAAUGAAUUCAUUAUAAAGAUUCUGUACAGGUUAUAUGACCAUAUAAACGGUUAUUUACAAUACAACCCUCGCCUUAUGAAUCGGGUGAUAUAUGAAAACGUUUAUGUGCCACGACUGGCCAAUGAAAAUAGGCGUUACAAACGUGCAGUAUUAUAAGAUGUGAUAAGAACGUUUCUGCAAUGACAUUUGAGGACAUAUAUCUAAAUAUCGAACGAAUGAAAAUGAAUAUCGUAGUCAGAUCAAAUGUUGGACGGAUAAUUGUGUCUCCGAACAUUUGUAGUUUGUUUGUUUGAUUGUUUGUUUGUUUAUGGGAUUAUUUUUGUGUUAUUGAGUAACUGAAUUUUAUGAUUGUGUAAACUGCCGCUUUCUUAGAACUGGUAUGUAGGAAAGUCCUGACGUUCAGAUGAUCCGUCGUUACCUUUGUAUUUUUAUGUAUUAUACAAAAGUAUUUCAAAAAUAAGUGUUGAGAGGGGGUUUGCUAACUGUAUAUCCAAUAUCUUCCAAAAAUAGACUUGUACCAAACUUUGUGAUCGAAUAACUUCUUUGUUUUCUAUGGUAAUAUGUACUGUUAUUUAAAUGUUGUACACGUGUUGAUUCACGUGUAAAGAUAGAUUAUUUAUGUCUUAACUGGAAAUAAUUUAGUUAAAAAGAUGAAAUCUUUUAUCUAUGUUUUCAUGUUUUAAAUUCUACGCACGGAAGUAUUGAGAUUUUUGUUUUUCUUUCAUUAUUCUUGUUUUUUCCAAAUAUUAUUUUUAUACAUGCAUAUAUAUACGAGAAAUCAAUCUGUUUUACAUUUUUAAAGUUUAUCUAUUUAUAAAAGCAAUCAUUGUGAAAAUCCAAGUUCGUGCAAUGACAUUCUAUAAAUAAAUCUCUUAUAAUGCUCA